AUGCAGUUCAUCAAGAUCGCCGGCCUUCUCGCCGCCCUCAUGCCCUUGUCCGCCAUGGCCGGGCCCCUUUCCGCCGAGGACACCGUCUUCAAGCGCGGCAUUGACAUCUGUAGCCGUAAGGCCGACCAGGGCGAUAGCUGCAACGUCGGUGCGGGUGGCAACGCACCUCACAUCUGCGGCAGGGUCAACCCCCGCUCUAUCUUGCACUGUGUCAAUGGCAAGUGGGCCCUUGACCGACACUGCGACGCUGGCACGCACUGCGCCUGCACCAGCGAGAACGACAUCACCUGCAGCUCUUAA